UAUGGAAAAUCAAUAUCAGUCCGCCCAACAUGUCUGUGAGGCGGGCUCACUCCUUCUUUCAGUUCUGGUUCUGCUCAGCGUAUCACUGGAAACUGCACAUUUUACUGUUUACAGAGAAAUAUUUGAAUGUAAAUCUUCUGCUCCAUGUCGUUCUUUUGGCUGACGCUGCUGUUUGCAGUUUCAGCUCAUCUGGCCGUUUGUGUGCCGGAAAAGCCAAAGAGAUCCUCGCUAAACCAGCUGACCAGAACCCUCCUGAGAAACUAUGACUCUGGAGUUCGACCCGUCCACAACUGGACCAGUACCACCACCAUCUACAUUGACCUCAUCCUGCAGUCUGUCCUUGAAGUGGAUGGAAAGACUCAGAGCAUAACUACCAGUAUUUGGUACAGACAGAUCUGGAGAGAUGAAUUUCUUGUUUGGGAUCCAGAAGAGUUCGAUGGCAUCAAUGAGAUUUCCCUUUCGUCCGAUGCCAUUUGGGUUCCUGAUGUCAUCGUGAGUGAAUUUGUGGAGGAGGGAAAGUCUCCUCCAAUCCCGUAUGUUUAUGUCAACUCCUCCGGCUCGGUGAAGAACUACCGGCCCAUCCAGGCGGUGCUGGCCUGCAGCCUGGAGAUGUACGCCUUUCCCUUUGACAAGCAGAACUGCAGCCUCACCUUCCGCAGCUGGCUUCACUCAGUGAAUGAAAUAGAUCUGGCUCUGUGGAGGAGUGCAGACGCCAUCGCCAACGACAAGCGGGAGUUCAUGAACGACGGCGAAUGGGAACUGCUGUCCAUUCCUUCCCAGUACCGGCAGAUCCGGCAGGACAACACGGAUUACUCACAGAUCCAGUUCAACCUGUUGAUCCGUCGGCGCCCCCUGCUGUAUGUCGUGGGUCUGCUCAUCCCCAGCAUCUUUUUAAUGUUGGUGGACGUGGUCAGCUUCUACCUUCCUCUGGACAGCGGCACGCGCAUCGCCUUUAAGAUCAGCAUUCUUCUGGGAUACACCGUCUUCAGAGUCAACCUGACGGAUGAGCUGCCGGCUUCUGCAGUCAAAACGCCGCUCAUAGGUGUUUUCUUCGUGGCGUGCAUGGCCAUGCUGAUGCUCAGCCUCAUUAAGUCAAUAUUGGUGGUCAAACUGCUCCACCACAGUGAGAAGGAGGUCAAGCAGAUGUCACUAUCCGCCUGCCUGCUGGACAAGUACGGUUCUGCUGGUCACAGCUACACUGAGAGUGUCUUCACCUCCAUCAAAACCCUGGACCACAUCAACCAGUCUGAAGACUUUGACGCUGACUACUCACUGGAGGAGGAUUUGCUGUCCCUGAAUGAGAUCCAGGACGUCCCCCGUGGGCUGGAGUGGCUCCUCCAGGAGCUGGUGUCCCUCCGUUUGGGUUUCGCCCAGGAGGACAGCGAGUCCUUGGCUCAGUCGGAGUGGCUGUCCCUCUGCUUGCGGCUUGACUGCUUACUUUUCCGCUUUUAUCUUUUUGUCCUUGCCUUGUAUACGAGUACUCUGCUGCUCCUGUGGGCCAACUGGAGCUUUACCUAACCUGAAAACAUGUCGACACAGGAUUUAUUUGUGUAAAUAGUAUGAUUUGAUGCUUGUAACGGUAAAUACAACUAUAUGGAAUUAUUUCUAAAAAACCUUUUGCAAAUACUAAAAAAAGUGUUUAAUUUGU